AUGACAGUCGAAAGACUUGCCUUCAUCUGCCUCUGCAGCCCGUCGGCACCACCUUGUCCUCCUUCAACCCUAGCUCUAACCUGGAAAUUCCCAAAUCAAAUCCUGAGCCCUCCUCUAAAUCUCUCGCCGAGGAGCAGAAGCCAAUACGGGGAUUGGGUCAAAGCAGUAGAUAGAGGGAUAUCGGUGGAUUAUCAGUCUCCAAGUAAAGAGGCAUCAUCAAAAGAUAAUCAGAAUCAUAGCACCCAAUUUACUGAACAACAGGAGGAUCCAGCACAGAAUCUUAGAGAAUCCACUAGCAAAGAAGACAGUCAGGCUAGAGGAUCCAAUGAACCUGCUCUCCACAAGAGGCAAAUACUGGCUAUGGUGGAGUUCUCUACAUCUGCAGUACAAGGGGAGAAAGAAGUGCAACCAUCAGUAGAAACUGGUGUAGAGCAGCAAGCUCUGAUGCAAAUAGAGGAAGCAGAUACCAUAGGAGAACAACACCAAUCCAGUCCAAUCAAUCAGCAAAUGGUGGAGUUCAAACAUCCUGAGAACCUCACACUUACACUCAGAAAGACAUGGAGGAGAAAAGCAGUAAAAGAUGGGAGGUUAAUUAGAAGCUCAACAUCCAUGGAGACAGAACCAAUGCAGAUGGGACAAAAACGACCCCAACCUGAGGAGCAAUUCGUCGCCGGGACCAUCUGUGCGGGAUUCCUCUGUCCGGGCAAGGAUUCUUCCAGCGAGCAGCCCUCCGUUCACGUGUUGCAGGGGAGGCUCGAGCACCUCUUUUCCCGAUCAGUAGUGGCGUCAUUUGCACAGUCGACUCCCGACCAGCCUGGGAGGAAACCACUAUGCUAUUUAUGGCAAGACUAG